GCUGCGUCCGGUUGUCAAAUUGUUCUCUAAUUUUCUGUUUACAAAAUACGUUUAAAUGUACGUCUGCUACUCGAUUGCUGCUGGGAUCGUGCGCGGGAAAUGAUUUUCUGGCUUUGAUUUUUAUUUUUUUUUUGGUUGCAGUCGGUGCCCAGGCGAGGUUACUGCCUAUAGUUCCUAUUAAAUCGUUACUGAUAAAAUAAUGUGCGAUAUGUCGUAUUCUGAACACUAGCUAAAGUGGAAAAAGGGUUUGAAUUUUUUUGUUGUAGUGAAUAGUGGACUCGUCCGUUUUAAUUCUGUCCGUAACCCACAAAGUUUGUGUACAAUAUAAACAACUACAUAGACUACGGCACGUAGUAAUUUUCUUUUAAUUUCUAACUACAUUGUAAUGUGCCCAACUUAUUUAUUGACCAAGAGAUCUGUUAGGCGUACAUUGGUGCCCUCGGCUAGCCUUCUACAUUCAAAAAGAAAAGGAAUAUUUAUACACCCGACAGCUAUGUUCAAGAACUUUUUCAGAGUUAGUUUUCUUCCGUUACUAAAUCUUUGUUAAAUCGUACCGUGAAGUCUUAAAGAAUUGUGAUAUUUUUUCUUGUUCGACUUACCCAUAUCAAAAUGAAGCUUUUGGAAAGCACAAGAUUUGAAGCAAUCAACAACGCCCUGUCCAUACAAACAGGUGAUAGCAAAAUAAUCGGUCGUAUUGAAAGCUACUCCUGUAAAAUGGCUGGCGGUGAUAAGGCCCUCUACAAGAGAUUCAAUUCUGAAGGGAUACAUCCGAGCGACUUACAGGCCCUUUCUCCGCCGCAAGGCGUCUCGCCGGGCUGUUUGCAAUAUAGUAGAAGCAUUUCAGGGGAUGAAGAGGGUCCGUUAUGUGACACCAUUUCCCGUAAAACAUUGUUUUACCUGAUCGCUACUCUCAAUUCGUCUUUUCCAGACUAUGAUUUCAUGGAUGUCAAAAGUCACGAAUUCAGUAAAGAGCCCUCCCGUCAAUGGGUUACCAACGCCAUUGAUUCGAACUUAGCUGCGACAGCCGGUGACCAUUACCGUCUGUUAGGUCCAUCCCUUUGGGCGGCGAUUGACGACGAAAUCUCUUUGGAAAAUUGUGAUAUUUAUUCGUACAAUCCUGAUCUCGCCUCCGACCCAUUCGGUGAGGAUGGUUGUCUUUGGAGCUUUAAUUACUUUUUUUACAAUAAGAAGCUCAAGAGGAUUGUGUUCUUCACUUGCAGAGCUAUUAAUCCAAGGUAUACCUUGGAUUCUGGAUUCGGUAGCGACUUCAUCAUGGACGAGGAUGAUAUCUACGAUUAAACUUGUUGCCGAAGACGGCACGUUUUUUCCGAACACAUUUCUUAAGGGCAGAUAUUUGUUUGAGAAAAUCUUUUGGUGAGAGCAAAAGUACAAAUUAUUUUAAAGAUUGUUUUAUUAAAUGGCGUAGCGUUAAGUAUUAUAGAAUGUAAGGUAUAUUCAGUUCAUAAACAUAUUGUUCUCGUGUUACAGAUUAAAUCUGCUGUUUCUCGCCGAGUAGUGUUUUUACUUUGUAGUUAUCACUUUGGUUCUGGAACGGGUAAGAAUUUGUUUUUAGAAUCUGUGUCACUAGACGGAGAUAAGUUUCACCAAGCUUGGCUGUUUUAAUCAAAAUUUUUUACUUAUUAGAUAAGUCUAAUUUAUUUUCAAGGGUCAUUGGCCAAAGUUAUAAAUGAAAUUCAUCAUUAUGUCAAGUUAAAAAUUGUAUGUAAUUAUUGCAAUACAUAUUUUGUAUAAUAUCAAUAUUGCGUUCCCGUGAUAGUUUAAAUCAUUACGAUUAAUUGUUUUCGGGACAUUCUCAAGUUCAUAUCAUAAUUUCGGAAGGUUGUUUUUGGGUCAUUUCAGGCCAAGGGGUUUAAAGUCACUGGUUUUCGAGAUACAGUGUUGAAGUUUAAACAAAAUCACAUUGCGUCAAACAUCUUUGAAGAUGCUUAAUGCAGAUAGGUGAAACCUGAGCUAAUAAUAUAAUUAAAGGCAAGAGUUCAUUGAAAUGAUUACAAAUAUCGGCUGGUGACGAGCCACAGAAUUUCGAUGCCACAGAAUAUUUUUAAAGUUCUAUAAAUGCAAUUUAACACAGUCAACUUAAAAUGCCUCUAAAACUAUUAAUUUCACAAAAAAUGUAUAAGAAUUUUUUUGUUCAAAAUACAAUUUUAGUAGCCAUUAAAAAUCUGAAACGGUCAUUGAGUAGAAAUUUUAAAUUAUCUGAGUAAAAGUUAAAAAUUUAGGGAAACUACUCUGCGAGCUAAUGCCCCGACCAGAAUUAAAUUAUAUCCUCAGAGUAGUAGUUUCCCGUAAUAUCAUUAGCUUAAAAAUUGUUUUGCCUAGUGGCAAUACAGGUCUUGUUUUCAUAGUAUCUGGAAAUAGUAGGUUGCUCUCUGCCAAUUUGGCCGAGACAUUGAGUAAUUGUGACCAAAGUCGCGCACUAAUUUUUCGAAAGUUGCGCAGCCGUUUUUGUAUUCUGCGCAGAAUGGGCUUGUCCACCAUUUUUUUAAAUUAAAUUUCAUUUUAUAAAUGAAUUGCACCUAAAAAUGACAAAAAUCCAAAUUUAAAAAAAAAUGAACGAUAAGUAAAUCCUUCUUUGUAUCAUUAAAAUGGUUUAAAAUUUAAAAAAUGUGACUUGCACACUUUUACGUACGUUUUGAACAUUUUUGCUCCCAUAUACUUUUUAGGCUAACCAUUAGAGAUGUUUUGGCCCACUUAAAUAUUACAGCAAAUUUCAUGAAUUACCUUUUGAAAAAUACUUAGUAAAUGAAAACAUAAGUGAUU